AUGAAGGUUACUCUGCUUUACGGCCUCCUUGCCGCCGCCGUCCCGGCCCUGGCUCACAUGGCUAUGCUCGAUCCCCCUCCUCUCCGCUCCAUCAAGAACCCCAACAACGGCGGUGAUGCCGCUCCCGUUGCCACCUACAAGGCCGGCGAGUCCUACUCCGUCACCAUCUCCAACGGCGCCGACCACGGUGGCGGCUCGUGCCAGUUUUCUCUGUCCUACGACAAGGGUCAGACCUGGACCGUCAUCCAGAGCAUCGUUGGCGGCUGCCCCGUUUCUGGUGGUGGUUCCUUUCCCUUUACCAUUCCCUCGGAUGCCCCUUCGGGCAACGAGAACUGUGCCGUCGUCACCAUUGAGGGUGGUUCCGGAGCGACCCGCCGCCAAGAAUCCGUCGCCUUUUCGAGCCGUCCUGCCAUGUUUGUCGCCAACGUCUUUGGGGAUGGCUGCAAAACUGUCGAUAGCACCGACGCUACUUUCCCCAACCCUGGCCCAGACGUGAUCACCAACAACCCCGCCGCUGUUGCCCCUGUUGGAUGCGCUGCCGCCAGCAAUCCCGCUCCUGGUUCCGGUAGCGGCUCUGGAAGUGGCGAAGGCGAGGGCGAGACUGAGCCCACUCCCGAACCCCAGCCCGAGCCUCAGCCUGAGCCUGAGCCUGAGCCUGAGCCCGAGCCCGAAGUGACUGUUGCUCCCACUGUCACCGGAGCUCCCUCGGCGUCUGCUACCAUUCCUGGCGGUGUCUUUGUUACCGUUCCCACCGCCGCGCUUCCCGAACCUACCGAAGAUGUUCCCGCUCCCUCGGUCACCGUGGCCCCGAGUACCUUCCUCACUGGCACCAGGCCUGCCACCACUGCUCCCGCUGCGGUUCCCACCAACAGUCCUGAUACCAGCACCGGCGUUCAAACCGGCUCUUGCUCGGAAGAGGGCGCCUGGAACUGCAUUUCUGGUACCAAGUUCCAACGCUGUGCAUCCGGCCAGUGGUCUGCUGUCAUUUCCAUGGCCGCCGGCACCACGUGCCAGCCUGGCAUCAGUGAGAACCUGGUCAUGGCGAAGCGAGGCCUUCGUUUCCGACGCGAUUAA